CACCCUACGUAGAAUAUGAACUUGAGGGAGGGUUGGGCACUAGUAGUCGAUUAUCGACUGGACGAACUCGAAAAAGAGCGCCAAAGAGAUCAAGUCUUCCAAACACAAGUUAUGAGUUCCUCGUCAGAGCGGACUUUGGAAGCCUGCAGCUCCUUAGAGUUGGGUGCGAUUCCUAAGGAAUGGACUGAUCGAGUUUGGGAUGGAGAUUUCUGCGAGUCAAGUGAUCUUCCGGACGUAUUGCGAGAGAAUGCAGAGGGUAAAAACUGGUACAAAAAGGGUCUAGUUUGUUUCCUGGCGGAAUGUCGAGUAUGGAGUUCCAACUCGUCGCAAGAUAGCAAUGCCGAAGGUUUCUGGAAGGUUCUGUCAGAUAAUGACAUUUCCCAUCGCAGUCUGGUGGCAGUACUUCAUGCAUUUGUUGAGUCUUGUGACAGGUCUACCAAGGCAGGAGCUCAGCUAGAGGGUUGCGUCCUGGCAGCUAAUAUCUACAUGGUACUUUUACAGCUCCCAGGAAGUGGAGCAUACAAAGUGUUUCACCCUCUUCUGUUCCAAAAAGCCCUGGAUGUUUUAAAGCUGUGGCCACAAAAAGGUGCCAACAAAAGAAAACGUCCAGAGACAGUACAACACAAAGAACCAGUGAUGGCCAAACAGGGAAGGCCAACAAAAACCAGGAGAACUGCACAGCCAUCCCAACCACAAGUAAAUGAGAUGGAUGAGGACAGUGAUGAUGAAGAUGAUGAUAAUGAUGAUGAUGACCACCCCUACCAUGGAGUAGUUGCCACGGAGGCAGCACAGCAAAAAGUCAAGGGAAGAAUGGUGGAGUUGCUGCAGGAUGUGGUGCUGCUGCUUAGCACAUUCUCACUGAGGGACGCAGACCAGACCCGUCAUCAUGUCAUCCAGCUUCUUGUAGAGCUCACAAGACUUGAUGUAACAGAUGAAAAUAUGACUUUUUCCUUCCCCCCAGGCUCUCAGAUUUACAACAUAAAUUCACUGGCUCAGGUUGCUUACAUUGGUUUGGGUUUACUGAUAACAUCGCUUCAUGGUGAAUUGGUGGCAAACACACGUGUGGUAUUCAAGCAUUUGUUGAGCAACAUCCUCAUGGCUGGAGCCGGCUCUAGUCCGACUGUGCCUAAAGGAAUACAGCUUAUUAAAGACAAGGCUGUUAAAUUUGCAUGCUUUGUUGUUGGUAAAGACUGCAGUGAGUCCAUGGGUGUGGUUAGAGUGUUGAUUCAGCACAUGUGCACCAAGUGUCCAGACAAGGCCGAGUUCAGAGCACCUGUCGCCAAGUCAGCGACAGACCUCAUGAAACUGCUGCCUUUGUCUUUCUACUGUGGUCUGAUUGAGUGGCUGCACAAGUAUAGCAAGAACACAAAGAUUGGUUAUAGAGUGUUUGCCCUUGAUUUGGUGUCACAGCUGCUGACUGAAGAGGACAGAGAUAUCCAGGGGGGAGGAGACACCCCUGAAAACUGUAAAGAGCUCACUAGCAAGAAAUACCUGCUGAGUAUUGUGGUUGGACGUUGUUCUGAUCGGGCUCCUACGGUUCGAGCAAAAGCUUUGCAGUGUCUUUCCCAGUGUACAGCCACAAGCAAUGAUAGUCUUAAGAGCAUUGUCAAACAGACACUUGGGGAGGCCUUGGACAGAAACACAUCUGCAGGACUUAAUGGAGAUUGCACAGUUGGGUCAGUGAUCAGAAAGCGAACAUGUGAUGAGAAAGUUGGCGUCAGAAAGGCUGCCUUGCAGGCCCUAGAAAGUGUCAUUCAUCUCGAUUUGGCACAUCUUCACAAGCCAGACCUUAUAAUGCUGCAUGACCGAUGUAUGGAUCCAGCGCUCUCUGUUCGCCGCCAGGCUAUGGUUUCCCUCACUUCCCUUCUGCAGGAGCAGCCAACAAAUGCCAUGCUGCAGAGCAUCUGGUUGGACGGCAUCUUGCCCCUGGUGCUUGACAGAGAGACCACCGCUCAGGAGAAAUGCUACCAGAUAUUAGAAGAGCUUAUCCUCUCCAAGAUUGUCACCUUACAAAGAUCUGUUGACGUUGGCCAUGUUCUUGCCUGGGACCUGUUGAAAAUUGUAGCCAGCCCAUCUGGUCAAGAAGUUCGGCGAUAUUUACAGAAUGCUUGCUAUUACUGGUCCAAGCAAGGCAAAUUGACUGGAACCCUACUCAAAGCUUUGACAUCACACAUAGAUAGUGACCAUAACAAGGCCACAUGGCUUCUUCUGUCGCAAAUGGCUGAUGCAUCAUCUAAGAUUGAUCACAACUUUGUCAUCAGCCGUUGGAAGGAAUACACAACAACUGGUUCUCAAAGCUGUGAUGACGAGACACUUGGUUGGGUUCUUUCUGUGAUUGGCAGUGUGAGUGAUAAAUUGCCAGCAGAGGUGGCAACUGCAAUAACAGAAAAUUUACAGCAGAAGUUGAGUGGAUUUGCCUGCACACCUGAUGUAAUUGCGGCAGUUAUCGGAAGUCUCUGUAAGUUAUGCAAGACCCAGACUCAAGCAAAGAGCAUGAUUGACAGCUGGUGCACCGAUCUCCUCAAGGCCUCAGAGCACCACCUCUCCAGUGUAGUAUUGGAAUCCACAGGCCAUGUUAUUGAUGAUGAAAUGCUUGUGAAACAUCUCUUCACUGUGGGCGAGGUUGCUCAGCUAGCCCCAUGUAGGACCACAGAGCGCCUUUUCCUUUUAGUGGAGUCUAUCCUAGUGUCACAGCCCAACCGCCAUCACGAUAAGCCUGAUCAGGAGCUGCAGGGUGACGGUGCCCCACUGAACCAGUGCAAUCUAUCAGCGACUGUCAAGGCUCAUGCAUUCGUCACCCUUGGAAAGCUGUGCCUACAGAACGAGCGACUCGCCAAGCAGUGCAUUGCAGCCCUCGCGCGCGAGCUUGAAAUGUCAGAAGAUGCUGCGAUACGCAACAACAUCGUGGUGGUCAUGUGUGACCUGUGUGUGCGAUACACAAGUCUCGUGGAUCGCUAUAUUCCUAACAUAGCCACGUGUUUACGCGACAAGGCACCUCUCGUGCGCAGGCAGACGCUCACACUACUCACGCAUCUGUUGCAGGAAGACUAUGUGAAGUGGAAAGGCUCACUUUUCUACCAUUUCAUCACUGCACUUGUAGACGAAGACGUCGAGAUACGAAAGUUUGCCGAUUUUUGUUUGGUACAUCUGCUUCUAACCAGACAUCCAGGGAUGUUUCACCAACACUUUGUUGAGUGUAUUUUCCACUUCAAUUCCUACGAUAAGCAUAAAGUUUUCAACAAAUUCCCACAGAGCGCCCUAGAGAAAACGUUGUUCUCUCUCAAGGGUGAUAUCAAUGCCAGUAAACGUGCCAUCCUCUACCAGUUCCUGCUUUCCCAUAUGAAGGAUGAGGACAGAUUCAACUUGACGGGAAAGCUUUGUCAGGAGGUUCUUGGUGCUAUUACGGAUGGGGCAAUACCGCUAGACGAGGACUCUGGUUCACUGCUUAAGGAUACACUGACCAUCUUGAACAGCAGGGGUAUCAAGCUGUCGAGCAUGCGCGCGAAGGCGGCAGAUGAGAUGGCAGACGAGGGUGAUGACGCUGGCGCCGCUAUAGUGCAGGCUCGCAACAAAUUCCUUACUCAGGUGCUUAAGAAGAACAUGAUCGAGAACAUCAUUCCGAUCAUCAUCGAGCUCAAGCACAUGUUCGAGAAGCAUCGAUCCCCGAUGCUUGGACACUUGAUGGCUUACCUAAAAGAAGUCAUGAAAGAUUACCGAGAUGAAGUACAAGAUGUGUUGUCUGGUGACCGGCAACUCGCUAAUGAGAUCGAGUUUGACUUGCGAAAAUACGAGGAGCAACAGAAGGAACUAGAGGAGCAACGGCAGAGAGCUCGCAAUACGCCUCAGCCACAGCCCCCUGGAUCAGGUCGCCGCACGGCCACCCCCACCACGCCCUGUCGCUCGUCUGGUCAGUUUGUCACCCCUCAGCUGCGAUCUCCGAUGCCCGGAUCGUGUCCAGGUAGCCCAGCACAGAAUGUGCAAGUCUUGCCCAAGACUCCUGCGGCCCAAAGUCGCCGACAUACCCUGGCGUCUGCGGCACUCAUCAAGUCCGCACGCAAAGCCAUGGAAGACGCGCGCAGGGUAUCAGAAGACAGGAAAAGGAAGAGCAUGCUGCCAGCCACAGGGGUAGUAGACACCCCAGCGAGGGUCGCAAAUGAGGGCUCCUUUCAGCAGGGCGUGGCUUGUACAUCUCAGCGCCCUCAACAGGACGUGGCUCGAACCCCUUUGCGCAUUAGGGACGAAAAUGCUGCCGAAACCGAGUCACAGAAAGAAACAAGUGACGCGGAUACCUUCAAGACACCAGUUCGUAAGACCAAGAGUCGUGCAGCUAGCACACCCGAAGGCAACGACUCGCAUCUUUCGCGCAUUUCGUUCUGUAUGAACAUGAGCGCGGUCGUGCCCUUGUCGCCAAUUCCAUCUUCUUUACCGAUCAGGAUCUACCCCACGAGGGACAAAGGUGCUGUGCCGAGCUGGAUCUCCAAACCGGGUGUUACCGAGGAUGGAAUUGAGAAUCAGCAAGAUGUCAUCUGUCUGCCAUCACCGGAACAGAGGCUCCCAAAACCCCGCAGAUGGAACGUGAAAUCACCGGAAACGACGAGCCGCAGAGCUGCUGCAAAGCCCCAGACCCAGAUCAACACGGACGACUCUGUGUCGCACAGGACUCGCUCCCGCCGGACAAACCGCAAGUAGCUAGCGAUGAGGGCGGGGGAAUGACAUCGACACGGCACAGGCUGUGAUUGAUUCACUGUGUUCAACCAAACCAAACGGAUGAUAGAAACAUCCUACAUUAUAUCGCUUCUCUUAGUGAAUCGUCAUUAGAAUAUGUUUUGGAAUACGAAUGAUAUUUUUGAGAUAUUGUUACAGGUUAAUAAAUAAUAAUUGCUACAGGUUAGAAAAAGCACAAUGUAAAGUAAACAUUAAUCACGAUAUAAUUUUGCUCAUAUACUUUUAACGUAUUCGCUAUUUUUAUAUAUUUACACAUUAUUGGGAAUAAAGAUUUAUUACAAGAUGA